AUGCAAGCAAAGCAAAACAAGGAAUACAUUCAGUACUUCCCAUUCACAGCUUCAUAUGCUGAUUAUGAUGUCAUAUGGGAACAACCCAUCUUCAGCACCCGAGCUCACGUCUUCCAGAUUGACCCAAACACUAAGAAGAACUGGGUUCCCACCAGCAAGCAUGCUGUUACUGUGUCCUACUUCUAUGACAGCACAAGAAAUGUCUACAGGAUAAUCAAUUUAGAUGGUUCAAAGGCAAUAAUAAAUAGCACUAUCACCCCCAACAUGACAUUUACAAAAACAUCCCAGAAGUUUGGCCAAUGGGAAGACAGCAGAGCAAAUACAGUCUAUGGUUUGGGAUUUUCAUCUGAACAUCACCUUUCAAAAUUUGCAGAAAAAUUUCAGGAAUUCAAAGAUGCUGCACGACUAGCAAAGGAAAAAUCCCAAGAAAAGAUGGAGUUAACAAGUAUACCCUCUCAAAAACGAAGAGAGUACUUCACAGUUUCCUUGAAUCCCUUCAUCAGUCAGCUAGAAGUGUAA